AUGGUCCCCACACUCUUUGCCCUGCUCUCCUUUGGCACCUUGGCCAGACUCUCCCUCAGGGCUGAACCAGGCUUGGUGAUCCCCUGGGGGAAGCCUGUGACCCUCUGGUGUGAAGGGUCCCCUGGGGCUGAUCAGUACCUUCUGAAGAAGGAGGGAGCCCAUAAGUACAUGGAUGAGUCUGUAGCUGGGAGGGGGGCCCAGUUCCUCAUCUCUUCCAUGGCAGCAAACACUGCUGGGAGAUACCAGUGUCUGUACAGCACUGGACUAUCAUGGUCAGAGGACAGUGAUGCCCUGGAGCUAGUGGUGACAAGUAGGUAUGGGCCCCCUUCCCUCACAGCCUUGCCCAGCCCCAAGGUGGCCUCAGGACACAAUGUGACCCACCAGUGUCAGUCACAGCAAUGGUUGGACAGGUUUGCUCUAUACAAGGAUGGAGAAGAGAUCACCCAAGGCCUGGUCCAGCCCCAUGAAAGGGGGUCUGUGGCCAACUUCCACAUCUCAGCUGUGAGCUCUACCCAUAGAGGGACUUACCUAUGCUACACCUUUGACAGUCGCAUGCCCUAGGAGUGGUCAGCUCCCAGUGAGCCCCUGGUGCUCAGGGUCACAGAUGCUGCUCCCCAGGAUUACACUGUGGGCAACCUGGUUCGCCUCAGCCUGGCUGGGCUGGUCCUCAUCAUCCUGGGGGUCCUGCUGGCUGAAGCCUGGCCUAGCCAGAGGGGACAGUGAGGAGGAGAUGCAGGAUCGCAGGACAGAGGGAAGACACAGCUGGGGUUCACUGACUGUCAGCAUCCCAAAGACUCAU